AUGGGCUGCAACAGUUCGACUGCAACCGUUGAAAACUGUCAAAUGGAACCUAUCGAUACUGAUCAGGAAACUUCGACAUCAUUAUCAAAAACUCAAAAAAGUGCUGAUGUUACAUCAAAUGCAUGGGAAAUACAAGCUUUAAAUAGUCACAAUGAAUUUCGAGCUCGUCACGGUGUACCUCCGCUGGUACUCAAAGAUGAAAUCACGCGCAAAGCUCAGGCUUACGCACAAUAUUUGACAGAAAAUAAUCUAUUCGAACACAGUACAAAUCGUGAUAAUCUUGGUGAAAACUUAUAUACAAUGAGUAGUUCGGAGCCGUUGACAAAUAAAUCUCUUGGUAUGGAUGCUACUCAAUCUUGGUAUGAUGAAAUCAAAAGUUAUGAUUUCAAUAAUCCAGGCUUUUCGAUGGAAACUGGUCAUUUCACUCAGGUCAUCUGGAAGAAUACGAGCAGUUUGGGUGUAGGAGUGGCUUUUAGCGAUAAUGGUAGACGAGUAGUUGUUGUUGCUCAAUAUGGUCCAGCCGGUAAUGUCAUGGGACAGUUCCCGGAAAACGUUCCACCUCCACAAUAA